AUGACUGUCAAGAGAUUGAAUGAUUUUAUUGCCGCGGAUCAGGAUGUCCAAAACCUAGGACUUUUUAAAGAAGGACCUCAUUCCUGGUUAAGCAAGCAAGGCGGUUAUGAAUUGCCGAAAGAAAAAACGGCAGCUGAAGAUAAACUCCACAUUUCCCAAAAAGGAGCUUAUUUAUUAGACUUCUUUUACAAAAAAAGUAAAGAUGCCAAAGGUUAUCCGUUCAAUCCCGAUAAAUUAACCGAUCCCAACCUCCAUUUCUGUCAAAUCGGCACUAAAAUGGUCAAGCGAUUUGUUAAGAGUGGCUUAAUGGGCAAAGUCAAGGAAGUUGAAGAAACCAUUGAAGUGAUUGGCGGCGAUAAAGGUAAUGCCGGACAUUUAGCAAUUGGAACUGGAAUUGGUUGUGUUUAUCAUGGCGGAGCCAAGGGAGAAGUAGAAAUGGCUUAUUGUUUACGUGGCAAACCGACUGAACGAGCCACCGAAGAAGAAAUUAAAGAAGGCAAAAAUGACCCAGAAAUGAAGUCUCUUUACAAGUCGCAUGGCAGUUAUCCAGUGGCGAAAAAUGACUUAGCUUACUGA